AUGUCAAUUGCGCGCCGACUGGGCAUUACGGCCGUGUCCGUUGCCGGCCUCGCAUUCGGCGUGGACACCGCUACCAAUCGCGUGCCUACACGCGUGGGGCGAGUGGCGAAGGCAGGUGCUGAAACAUUUGUCGACUUCAAGCGAAACGUUCCGGUCAAGCCUGAUGACGACACUGAGGACGCAAACGACUUCACCAGGACGCUAUUGCGCAACGAGUACAAGGCUGCGUUACGAGAGUACAAUCUUCGCACGGCCGAGCGAUUGCUCCACGUGUGCAAGCAGAACGGCGGUGUGUUCACCAAGAUUGGACAGCAAUUGGCGUCCUUGAACCAUGCGUUGCCUGUCGAGUACACUUCUACUCUCAGCGUCCUCCAAGACCGGGCUUUGCCCGUGUCGUUCGAGGAAGCCAAAGCCGCCGUGGAGCGAGAACUAGGCGGUCCACUGGACAAGUUCUUCCGCGAAUUCAACACGAAACCCAUCGCCGCGGCGUCGUUAGCUCAGGUCCAUCACGCCAUCACGCAGGACGGAAACGAAGUGGCGGUGAAAAUCCAGUACCCGCAGCUGGCCAAGACGUUGGCAAGCGACCUGUGGACCGUCCGCCAAGCCAUCUACGCCGUGGAACGAAUAUGGGACAUCAACAUCCGGUGGAUCAUUCCCGAGAUCGAACAAGCGCUGGAAGCCGAGAUGGAUUUCAAUGCCGAGAAACAAAAUAGCCGCAACAUCCAACGCCUCUUUCGGUCCACGCCGUUCGUGUACAUUCCGGACGUGUACGACGAGCUCAGCACGACGCGCGUGCUGACGAUGGAGUUCAUUCACGGCGUGAAAGUAACCGACUUGGACUCUAUUACGCAGACGCUGGGUCUGGAUCCGGUGGACAUUGCGGGGAAGGUGUCGGCCAUGUUUGCUGAAAUGGUGUUUUGCUCUGGCUUUGUGCACUGCGAUCCGCACCCGGGUAACCUCUUUGUGCGGCGCCAUCCUCAUCGGCCGUCCGAGGCCCAAGUGGUGCUGCUUGACCACGGCCUGUACAGGCAACUCGACGACGACUUUCGCCGCACGUUUUGCCGGCUUUGGAAGGCGCUGCUCCUCCGAGACAACAAGUUGCUUCUUGAAUGCGGUGACCGGUUCCACGUUGGUCCGUACGCAAAGUUCUUUCCGCUCAUCUUCACGUACCGAUCGAUGGACAGCAAGACGAUCAUGGGCGGCCAAAUGUCGGCCGAUGAGAAGCUCGCGCUGCGCCGCGACUUGAAGGCGCUGCAGGGAACCAACGUGAAUGAAUUCUUCGAGCACUUGCCUCGCGACAUGCUGUUUGUGUUUCGGUCCACCAACCUCACGCGAUCGCUCAACAAGGAACUAGGCGGCAAUUCCCGACAACGGUUUCAAAUAUUCGGGAAAUACGCACUCAAAGGACUCGUGCAAGACCAAGCCGCCACGGGUGCUGUCCUCACGACGUGGCAAUCGAUAUGGUGGACCAUCGAGUACGCAAACCUCGUGACGAGGCUCCGGUUGAUCGACUGGGGUAUGUACCUGUACCAGUCGUACUAUGGGAUUUCCGUCGACCCGGAUAAAUCGGUGGGAUAAUAAAUCGACUCGUGGA